AUGACAAUCAAUAACGAUGGCGAGCUUUUGGCUUUAGAUUGUGACAGUCUUACAUUCUCAUGGAAAGAAGGAGAUGAUCCCGUCCUGAAAGAUGUCAAUUUGAGUUUAGGGAAAGGUGAUAGAUGUUUGCUUUUAGGUGCUAAUGGAGCUGGAAAAUCAACUUUACUCCGGAUUUUAGCUGGAAAAAGAUUAACUAAAACACGAAGUUGUAAAAUUCUAGGUCAAGAUGUAUUUAUGAAUCCACCUGGGGGAGUCGUGUAUCUGGGAACGGAAUGGUCAACGAAUCCAGUCGUGCGAUCGGAUAUAGUAGUAUCACAUUUCUUAGACAGUGUAGGUGGCUAUAGACAUAAAGAUAGGCGGGAUAAGUUGUUAAGGAUCUUAGACGUCGAUUUGGAUUGGCAUAUGCAUCAGAUUUCCGAUGGUGAAAGAAGAAGAGUACAGCUUUGUAUGGGUUUAAUGGCAGAAUGGGAUGUUUUGCUUCUUGAUGAGGUCACUGUCGAUCUGGACGUAUUGGUUCGAGCUGAUCUUAUCGAUUUCCUAAUUUCCGAAUCUGAGAAUAGAGGAGCCACAAUCGUUUACGCCACUCAUAUAUUCGACGGAUUGAAGAAGUUCCCAACACAGAUAUGUCAUAUGCAACUCGGUUCUACCCCUAGAGGAAUGGUCACUUGGCCACCCGCUGACGUACCUGAAUCAGAGCAAGAUCUGUUUCAAUUGGCUUUGGGUUGGUUGAGAGACGAUAGGGAAUUAAGAAGAGCUGUAGAGAAGCAGAAAGGUAGAGUGAGAGGUCCAAAGACUGAUACUAGAGAUAGAGUCACUUUCUACGAGAAAUACGAUUAUUCUCAUUAG